UCUCCUCUGUCGAGAGCAGAUCCUCCUCCAGCCUCUUUAAACUGCAUUCACCGCCACUCCAACGACAUUUUGGGGGUUCGGUCUGAAGCCCCGCGUCCUCACACCCCUCACAUUUCCCUGUGUGUGCUUCGGAGGAUAUAUAUUCUCUAUCGGAGCGUUUGGAAAGGAAACCGAACAAACUGAGCCGUGUUUUAAGGCUACUUCAGCGGGCGGAUAAAGCGGAGGAGGGCAUCCGGCGGGCCUGGCUGCUCUGGAGAGUCGGCUUGAAACGACGGAAUUCACCAUUUUCAGAAGAUGACAAAUGGGCCUAUCGAUCACCCAUCCACCCAUUCCUGCCCUGAUCUGUCUGUGAUGCACUUAGGCCCCUUUCCACUUCCUGUUUGACCUGGAUUUACUCCCAUCGCCUCUCAUCUGGAGCAACUGGACGCUCAUUUGUGAGGGCCCUGCACUGCCCUGCUAUGGAAAAGAUGAAGAGGAUUAAGAAGCGUCUGUCGUUAACACUCCGCUCCAGCCAGACCAUCGAUGAGUCGUUGUCUGAACUGGCCGAGCAGAUGACCAUGGAGGAUGGCGGCACCAAGGACAAUGAGCCCUUCAUGAGGAACGGCCGCCCCCCCACCUCUCACAGCAUGCAUUCCUUCUUGCACCAGUACACCGGCUCCUUCAAAAAGCCUCCCCUUCGCCGACCACACAGCGUCAUUGGCGGCACCCUUGGGUCCUUCAUGGCAAUGCCACGCAACGGCAGUCGCCUGGAUAUUGUGCACGAGAAUCUGAAGAUGGGCUCAGACGGGGAGAGCGACCAGGCUUCGGGAACAUCUUCAGACGAGGUGCAAUCUCCAACUGGGGUCUGUCUGAGAAACCGUGUCCACCGACGGAUCUCUAUGGAGGACCUCAACAAGCGCCUGUCUCUGCCUGCUGACAUCCGAAUUCCCGACGGUUACCUGGAGAAGCUGCAGCUCAGCAGCCCCCCCUUUGACCAGCCGCUCAGCCGACGCUCCCGCCGAGCCUCGCUGUCAGAGAUUGGUUUCGGAAAGUUAGAGACGUACAUAAAGCUGGACAAAUUGGGAGAGGGAACCUACGCCACAGUAUUUAAAGGACGCAGUAAGCUGACGGACAACCUGGUGGCGCUGAAGGAGAUCAGGUUGGAGCACGAGGAGGGAGCACCAUGCACCGCUAUCAGAGAAGUGUCUCUACUGAAGGACCUCAAACACGCCAACAUCGUGACACUACACGACAUCGUCCACACUGACAAGAGCCUCACGCUCGUCUUCGAGUACCUGGACAAGGAUCUGAAGCAGUACAUGGAUGACUGUGGAAACAUAAUGAGCAUGCACAAUGUGAAGAUCUUCUUGUUCCAGAUUUUGCGAGGGUUGUCGUACUGUCACAAGAGGAAAGUUCUCCACAGGGACCUGAAGCCCCAGAAUCUCCUCAUCAACGAGAGAGGAGAACUCAAACUUGCUGAUUUUGGUCUUGCAAGGGCCAAGUCAGUCCCGACUAAAACUUACUCCAAUGAGGUGGUGACUCUCUGGUACCGGCCUCCAGAUGUUCUUCUGGGAUCAUCUGAGUAUUCAACACAGAUUGAUAUGUGGGGCGUUGGUUGUAUAUUCUAUGAGAUGGCUGCAGGUCGGCCGCUGUUCCCCGGCUCCACUGUGGAGGACGAGCUCCACCUCAUUUUCAGGUUACUAGGCACACCCACAGAGGAGAAUUGGCCGGGCAUCUCCUCCGUCGAUGAGUUUAAAUCCUACAACUUCCCCAAAUACAAACCACAGCCCCUAAUCAACCACGCUCCCAGGCUGGAUGGUGAAGGCAUCGAGCUGCUGCUGUCUUUCCUCAGAUAUGAGUCCAAGAAGAGGAUUUCAGCUGACGAGGCGAUGAAGCAUUCCUACUUCAGGCAGCUCGGGAUGAGAGUCCACACGCUGUCUGAAGGCGUAUCAAUAUUCACGUUAAAAGAAGUGCAGCUGCAGAGGGACCCUGGCUACAGGAACUCCUCAUACCCAGAUUCAAGUAAUGGAAAGAUCAACAGGAGGCAGAGCAUGCUCUUCUAAAGUCUGAUAAAGAGGAUGGUGGACUGUCCCACUUCAUCGUCACUCCCCACCAAUGUCUCGCAUGAGCCCACCUCCCCUCAGAGUGACCCCCUCUCCCCUUAGCUACACAUCAGCACACACACACACACACCCCUGCGAGCGAUGACUCUGGGUUGGUUCUUUAUGGAGACUGUGUUUAUUUAUUGGGGGGUGGGGUCAGGUUGAAUUUUUUGCUGCUAAACUACUACUGUCUGUAUUUAACACACUGUGUGUGUGCGUGUGCAUGUGUGUCUAUGUGUGGGUGUGUACAUGAUGUGAACUCGAGACGCCACGCACAGAUGAGCAGUCAGUAACUUUUGUUUUUCUGCUGACGAUUCUCCGGCUUCAUUUGAGUUUAGAAUCCCACUGAUGUUGACGUCGACGCUGUGAUCCAAGUUGUUGUUCUUGUUGUCGUGCUUGGAGACCGAACGCUUCAGUUUCUCGGAUUUGUUUCCUUUUAUAAAUAUGUAUAUCUAUAUAUAUUUGAAGUUUAUGUUUUGUUUUUCUUCGAGCUUCCGUGACUGAACUCUACAUUUACAGGUUUAGAGAGUCUGGGACGGUUACACGGUCUUGGGACGGUUUUCCUUGAUUCCUUCUUGACAUUUUUCCUGAAUCAUUUCAGUCAGACUCUUUGUCUGGAGGCCCUGCUGCCCUCUGGGGUUUACGCUGAUGCUCAGAAAUCAGCAGUGGGAGAGGACAGUGGUAACAGUUUUGAGCUGUGAGAUUAAGAAGCACACACGAGUCCAAACAAACUGGAAGAGCAUGACUUACAGGUCUUUGCUCCAUGACGGGACCAAAAGAAGAGGAGAAAGGAGGAAAACAGUUUGGAAGUAAGAAGAGGAACACUGGAGCUGAACAGGAAAUCAUCUGAUGUCCCACAGGAAGCCAGCAGGCCUUCCCUGAACCUCUCACAAACUGCCAGGACUUCAGUGCUUUUUGAAAAGGAAAUAAUGCAAGCUUCACUUUCUCGCUCUGUGUGUAUUCAGAGAUUUCACUGCAGUAACUCUUUUUAUUAACUUGCACUUCAUUGUGUUUUUUUGUUUGGAAUCAGGGACCCGGGGGCCUCAGCGUGGCCGAGUUUACCCAUCAGUAUUAAGAUGUGUUCUGUGUCUGUGACCUUUAUCCUCUCCUUGUGAAAUAACAGUGUCA